AGAUUUAGUUAAUAUGAGAUGAAUUAUCAUUCUCACUAAUUUAUCGAUUACAACCAAACAAUAGAAAUGUCUUCAAGAUCAAGAAGUCGAUCACGUUCGGGCAGUCGAAGUCCGUCACACAAGAGAUCACAUAGAAGGAAUAUUCGAGAUGAAUCCAUCAGUCCUAUCAGAACAGCAAGUGGAGCUUCACUUCGAACCCCAAAGUUGUAUAACAAUAAUAAUUUGAUGGGAUAUAACAGAAAUAAUAAUUAUCAACACAACAAUUAUCAGAGGAACAACUACAACAAUAGAGGAUUUCAAAGAUAUAACAACUACAAUAAUUUUGGAAACAGAUGGAAUAGAGGAAGAGGGAAUUACUAUCGGGGUGGUUGGCAAAACAGAAACCAGUGGAAUAAUUAUCAGCCAAGACAAAGAUACCAUUCUAGAAGCGAUAGAUCUCGUUCGAGAUCAAGGUCCCGUGGGAGAUCCAGAUCUCGAUCAUAUUCACGGUCAAGGUCAGGAAGUCGUAGUCGAUCACGUUCUUAUGAUAAACGAAGGAGAAGAACAAGGAGUCGAUCAUACAGUGGUUCUGGGAGGUCUCGUUCAAAAUCAAGAUCCAAAUCUAGAAGUCAAUCUCCACGAAAAAGAGACAAUAGUCCUGCCAAAGAUGAAUCAAAAGAGAAAACUGAAAAUGGGCAAACGAAAACAGCAGAUUCACAAAAAAUGAGCCCUGAUACAUCUCAGUCACUUGAUGAUUCUUAUGAAACUGGCGUUAAAAAGCAGGAGACGAAGGCUCCAUCUGAUGUUCCUGCACCUUCUGCAUUUGGUAAAAGUCGUUGGGAGACGCCGGAACAUUCGCCCAAAGUUGAAGACAAAGAUGAAGGGUUGGAAAGCAUUGAUGUUGAUUUGAAGGAGGAUAAGAUAUUUGACCAAUGGGAUGAUGACAAAUUACGAGCAUAUUUGUUGAAAUCAAAAGCUAAAAAAUUAGGCAAGGAUGGUAAAAUGUUAUUGGAAGGCACUCAAGCUUUGCCACCACAACAUUCAACAGCCGUAUCAAAACCAAAGAAAAAGAAGAGAUCAAAAUCGACAGCAGAUUCUCCUGUAAAGGAGACUAGAGGAAGAAAGAAAAAACGUUCAUUGAAGCAAUCUAGAUCUUCCUCUGCUUCAUCGUCAAGCAGUUCAUCAUUUAGUCCAAUACAUAAAGCUCAUAAGGAUAAUAGUAGGAAUAUUGAGGAAACAAAACAAGAUGAGGAUAAAGCAGCUGCUCUAUCUAACAUACAAAUAUAUUCUCAACAGCAAAAUUAUUCAUUAAGCUCUGAGAGAACCCAAGCUGUUCAAUAUCCAUUCAGUCAUAUUGGGAAAACUGCUUCCGCUCCAACACCAAAAGAACAACCAAUACAAGCUCCUCAGCAAUAUCCAGCUCCGGUUCCUCCGCCCCCACCACCACAGGCCCCUCCUCAGCAACCUGCUCCAGUAUUAGGUGAAAUGCAAGUCCUUGGACCUGAUGGCAAACCAAUCCGUUUGGUGCCAACUUCAGUGAUGGGUCCUGAUGGUAAAAUGAUCCAGGUUAUGCAGAUACAGCCUAGCACGACAAUUCCGCAAGCUCCUGCCUCUGUUCCUGCCCCGGUCAAGCAGGUACAACGUGCCCCGCCUCCGCCUCCUUCUUACCCUCCUCCUGUAACCACUUACCCUGCUACUCAUUCAAUUCCUGAUUCGAGUCAGUAUACAAAGAAAGCCACGGAAAGCUAUAAUCAAUUGAUGGAAAGCAUAAAUCAAGGUAAUACCGCAGAUAAAACAGGAGUGGAUGAAAAAUUAGAAAGCUCUUUAAAGGCUCACAUGAAAAUUCCUGGAUUGGAUGAAGCAAGUUAUGAACCUGGGGAUCAUACUUCUAGUCUGAAAAAGAUGGAAAGACAAAAACGGAGGCAGGAAGUUGUGAGAACUAGAUUCAAACCUAGACCUGCUGGUACGUGGGCUCAGGAAGUCAAAAAAGAAGAGAAAAGGGAUGAAGAAAAACGUAAGGAGUCAAUGGAUUUAGGAAUGAAGGAAAAACCACAAGCAAUACCUUCUCUGGGAUCCAUGACCUCGAGUUCCAGCAAUGUUAAAAAAGAGGAGUAUAGUAUUCCAACAUUGACUUCUGAAAAUAAAAUUGAAACAAUAACAAGCAGUACCAGACAAAUAUUAGCGCCAGAACCAAUGGAAUCGGAGAUCAGUGCAAUGGAACCGGUAAUUCCACAACCAUCUGAUGCUGUUGGUCAACAGACUCAACAAUAUGCUCAGGUCCCACCACAGCUUGCAGCUCAAGGUUACAAAGCUGUUCAAGGUAAUCCGCAAGUGCUUGUUGGUCCAAAUGGGGAAAUGUUACAACUGAUAUCUGCUAUGCCAGUGACAAGUCAGCCUGUAGCUGCCGUACCUCAAGUAUCUCAGGCUGCUCCUUUGCAAAGCCAAAAUUGGACCCGGGGAUCUGAUAGUUUUGCCGACGGACAAAGUAAAAAGUCAACUGAAAUAAAAAAGAAAGAUCAAUCUAGUAGUUCGGAAGAAGAAGAAGAUAUUGGUUUGCGUCCUCCAAGAAUGAGAACAAUCAGUGCUGGAAGUGACAAAAAAUCCAAAAAGAAGAGUAAAUCUUCUCGAUCUGUGAGUCGUGAAAAUGACGAUGUUGAUGAUGAUGAAAAUACUGGAAAACGUAAGAAAGAGAUGAAAAAGAAGAAGAAAAAGAACAAGAAGAAGAAAGAAGAGAUUGAUGAAGACGAUUCACAAACUUCUAAGAAAAAGAAGAAAAAAGAAAAGAAACAAAAAGAGAAAUUUGAUUCUACAUCGUUGGAAAAUAUGAGACUUACGUCCAAAAAAGAUUUGAAAGGAUUCCGAGAAGUGGAUAAGAAAAAAUCAAAGAAAGAUGAUCUUACUAGAACCAUUGCUGAAGAUUCACCUCUAUCACACAUUCGUGCUAUGGUUCCACGUCGCAAGGGAGAAGCGGCAGAUCUCUUGUUGAAUCAUGUUGAUUUUGAAGCUCGAUCAAAGUCUAGCCUUGCUACUUCAACUUCUUAUGAGGAAAGAUUCGUUUCACUUUUUGGUUCUGGUGAGAUCGAACCAGCACCUGUAGUGGAGGAUAAAGAACCAAGAGUUGAUAUUACGAAAAAAUCUGUUCGGAAAUUCAAAGUUCAUGUAAAAGGGCCAAGAACUGUUGUUCACAUGACAAAGAUACGUUUGUCUGAUCGCUUGAAACAGAAAGUAGGAGGUGAUGAGAAGGAGGAUGAAGCCAUGGAUGACAAGAAUGAAAAGUCUCCUCAGAAGGCCUCUCUGAAUGUAUCAAAUCUAUCGAAAGCAAGCAAAGGUAGCAAAUCACGAUCAAGAUCUCCAUCACGUUCAAGUUCUGCAUCUUCAGAUUCUGGUGACCAAUCAAAGUCUAGGCGUAAAGGUCAAAAGUCAAGAUCAAAAUCUCGAUCAAGGUCUCGCUCCUCUCGAUCUCGCUCAAGGUCAAGAUCGAAGUCAUUACCAGCUGCUUAUAGCAGCGACAGACGAGUGAUUGCACCAAGAUAUCGAAGUAACUCUAGGGAUGGAAGCAGAUCGAGAUCUCGUUCUUACUCACCCCAUGAUGACAGAGAUCGACAUGGCAGAAGACAAGCAUAUCAACAUAGAAACAAUCAAGGCUAUUAUUAUAACAACAAUCAGGGAUAUCGCUAUAACAAUAAUAGAGGAUACUAUCAAAACAAUCGGGGCAGAGGACGUUUCAACAAUUACUAUCAGCCUCGUGGGUAUUUUCGAGGAAGAUAUAAUAACAACUGGAAUAACCAAGGAUAUUACAACAGAAAUCAAAACUACAGACCACAAAGAUUCAGAGAUGAUAGACACAGGGAUCGUUCUCGAUCAUAUUCACCUGAUCGUAGUAGAGACAGAAGCGAUAGGAGUUCAAGUCGCGAAAAAGAUGAUAGAAAAUUUGCUGACAGAACUCCACAAAAAGAUAAAACAGAUAAAGAAGUCACUCCUGUUCAAGAUGAAGAGCAGUCUGCUUUGAGCCAAGAGAAGACUGCUUUUAACAAUGACAAAGGGACAAGAAAAAAAUCACCAGCUCAAUGGGGGCACGAUAUGUUUGAAAAACAGGAUGAAGAAGCAAAAGAAGAAUAAAUUUGUGAUUUCGAAAAACUAGUACGAUUGUUUCACAAAUUUGCAUUCUAAAUAAGUGUAGAGCUUUAGCAAUUUUGUAGUUUGCUACAGAAUUGGCAAUACUGAGUUUUGUUUGAGCUUGCAAAUAUCAUCAUAAAUGUAUGCUAAAUCAUGAUUUAUUUAGUGUUUAUAAAUGUUUCAACCAGAAGGUGCUGUUCGAUCUGAAAAUACUUUUGUUUAUGAAGCCAUAACGAAAGAUGAAUUGUAGUUUAAUUACAAUUGCAAUGAUUUUUCAACUUGUGUUCACAUUUUGCCAGAUUGCUCUCUCAAAAAAUAUAGCAAUAUGUUUUGUUAUAUUGGCGUUUCCUUUCUGGCUAGUAGGCUAUAAUGAAGUUGUCUUAUGUGGAUUAAUUGUUGAGAAUAUUGUUUUGGAUCAAUUUUGAUUGCUGUAGAUAUGUUGCCUGUUGAGUUCUUUUGUUUAAUAAUUUGCUUUUACAAUGAAUAAUGUGGCACCUGUCCAAUUUUUAUUGUACAUUUUAAUCGUCAACACUGUAGGAUUUUAAAUCCUAACCAUGUGUGUGCAUAUCUUUCAUCCUGAUUUAACCAUGAAAAUAAAAGAUGUUUGAAAUUAA